AUGAUUUUGCAGCUGGUGGACGUGCAUGUGUACGUGGUGCCGAAGGAAAAGUGGAUCCGAUCGAGGCGGCUGGCGGCGAAUAAGGUCUCGAUGACCUCCGUCUCUGCUGGAUUCGUCAGAGUGAUGCCGGAAUUGAGCCUGUUCAACCUGAGGCCGGAGCUUGCCACCCAGCUCGGUUAUCGAGACGUUCCUCAUCGAUACGUGUUCCUUCGAUCCGUUGGACGACAUUUUACGGCUUGCGGUGCAAGUAUUAUGUCGCAAGGUGAAAGUCCGUUGUUUGCUCCGGCAGACGUUUACCCGGAAGAGGAAUUCCGGGAAAUUCUUUGGAAUGGUUUGAGUGAGGAAUACGAGAUCCAGGGUCUCAUCCUUAGGAGAAAGAGAUCUCGGACACGCAACCCUGACGUGAAGCUGCGCCAGGAGCACCACGUGAAGGUGAAGAACUUCCUUCCCCCGGCGACGACCGAGCCGGCAGUGUUCGUGAUCGAGCCACCACCCGAUGACUACUUCGAAUCCCACCCACCCCAUCAACUUCCUCUCGAAUACGGCACUCGACUGCGCGGGGAUGAUGGGAGUUUGCGAGCAGAACUGGUGAAUUUCGAGGAUUCUCAUGGAUCAAGGGAGGAUACAGAAGACUCUGGAUUUGCAGGAAACAGUUCCGAUCUGGACGAUUCACCUGUCAGCCACCCGGACAUCCAUCAAAACAGCAGCCUGACGAGAGAAUCCAGAGAGAAGAUUCGGGAUGCGGAGGGGCACAUCAAGUAUCGCUCCAAAUCGAUGGAGCAGAUCAGGUCGGAUGAAUUCGAGACGAAAGAGAUCAGGUUCCUCGACGACGACGUGCUUUUGGAUCCUCGAAGACGAAAGGACAUCACGGACAAGGCCACGGCUCGGCACCUUUUCCACAUUCACAGAUACAGGGGACCCAGGGAAAAGGACUUUCACAGUCGCAUCCCCGUUGCCGUGGGACGGAAUCCCAAGAUCUCUCUCGCUUUGGCCGAUCCUCUCCAGCGGGGACACCUGAUUCACAAGCACAACUGCCUGAACCAUGACAUGCCGGCGCCGAUGACGGGCGAGGAAUAUCGAAACCUGAGACGCGGUCCGACAAAGGGGAACCUGAGGAAUCUGUUCCAACGAAUGAGGCGACAUAAGCACCGACAGGAAGACAACGAAGAGAGGAGUAAGGCGGAUGCAGAAACGCUGACCAACAACUCCAUCUUGUCUGCCACCAAAUUCCUUCAACGAAAUCGAGAACAGGAGGAACUGCGACGGAGGAGGAAGUUCGAGAUGGAACAGAAGGCUCAAAGAAUUUGCACGUUGAAGAACGAGUUGGGAUCUCUGAGACACGAAACGCGAGAAAGAGAACGCGUGAGGGCUCGCCUCGUCGACGAAGCCCAUCGCCUUCAAGAAACCUACAAUCGACGAGUGGCCGACGAGCAUGAGAGAUGGCACAAGAUGUACCUGCUGGAGAAAAGGAGGACGAAAGACCUGGAGGCUGCUUGCACCGCUCUUCGCAAGGAUUUGGAAGUCCUGCACAAAAAACUUCUUACAAGACUUCGCUCCUCGUCUGUUCCCGUUGGCUACGGCAAGGAAAUGCCCUCGAAAAAGCUGAACCAUAAAAUAGCAUGUAUGAGAUACGAGCACGAGAUCUUGGAUCUGAGGAAACGGGUCGAGAACGUUCACAUCAGGGUCGAAGCCGAAGACAAGCUGAAGAACCAUGCCCAAGAGGAGAUCAAGAACCUGAGGAAGGAUAUGGGAGAGAAACGAAAGAUCGCUUUGGAGUUGCGAAGGCAAAAUGAACUGGGUGGCCACCUGGUCCAUUCCCAGAUGACAACCAACCUGGUCCGUUCCCAGACGACGGCCAACCUGGCCCGGCCCCACUCGAAGGCUCCUCAUCACAGAUCCACUGACUUUUGA